UCUGACGUUGUCCGGACCGGAAGUACAACUUUACGCGCUCACUAAAAUAACCGUUUUAAUGAAAACGAGUAUUCAACUCGCCAUGCACGUUACACGCUCGUAUCGCGUUUUCUGACCAAUUAGUCAUACAUCUAUAAUUAUUAAAGUACAAUGUAAAAUGUUUAAAAGAUAGAGAAAAUGAGAGAAACAUUCGUGUUAAGUGCUCUACUAAGUAAAAUUAAAAUGUGGUCAAGGGGCUAAAAGUUUUAGUUUAAACGUCGGCUUGCGUGAUAAGAAUUGAAAGAACAAACGUUGACAUUCGCAGUGUAAAUAUAUUACUCAAUAAAUCAUGUCCAGAAGGAAGCAAGCUACACCCCGCUCUUUGAAACAUGGAAACCCUGACGCAGACGAUACUAUAGCAGAUAAAGAUCUCGUACCGCCUUUAUCAUCUGCCGGGUCGGUUGGUUCUAAAAGCGACGACGACGAAGGAGAUGAAGACGAAGAAGAAGAAGAAUGUGUGGAUGACGAUAUGUCGGUUAGUUUCUCAGGAGAUUCAAACCAAAGUUUACUUUCAGAAGCCUUGAGUGGUAACGGCGAAGUGAGUACGGAAGAGGCGGCUUCGUCGUGGAGCUCGGCCGUGUCGGAGGACCACACGUCCCCGGACAGCUGCGCGACAUCCAACAGCCGGCCCGGUUCCACGGUCGACCGUUCAUCGUACACUACGGCCGACCCCAAUCCGUACGCUUGUCAGUAUUGCGAUAAGACGUUCCCCCGCGGUAGUUACCUGAAGAAACACGAGCAGACUCAUGGAGAAUCGAUGCCGUUCAAGUGUCAAUUCUGCCGGAGACUGUUCAAACACAAACGCAGCCGAGACCGGCACGUGAAAUUACACACAGGCGACAAGAAGUACAAGUGUACUCAAUGCGACCAUGCUUUUUCAAGGAGCGAUCACUUGAAGAUUCACAUGAAAACACACGACAAUCAAAAGCCGUUCCAGUGCACGGUCUGCAACCGGGGCUAUAGUACAGCGGCCGCCUUAACGUCGCACAUGCAGAACCAUCACAAGAGAGCGGCCGAGAGAGAAAAUUCACCGCAAAUAGCUGGUCCGUCUUACAAAUGUCUUCAGUGUACACAGAUAUUCCGGAAACCCGACGAACUUCAGAAUCAUACUGCUAAUCAUCAUUUAGGCGAACAGUUAUCUUCAAAUUCCAGAAGCUCAAAACGAGCAACGCCACCAAAAACUCCCAAUCAGUACAUUUGUGUAUAUUGUACUAAAGAAUUGCCGAGUAUGGACGCUCUGCAGCAACAUUUUCAAACCAAACAUGCCGCAUUUUUAAAUGGUAAACCUCAUGAAGACUUUACAUCAAUUUCUUCUGGAUUUCCGUGGUUGAACUUUUCUGAUUCACCUCCUUUAGGUCUACCCCCAUUCUCGUGUCGAUUGUGUAUGAGCCAAUUUCCAUCAGUUAUUUCUCUUCAUAAACAUUUUACAACUGCGCACUAUUUCAACUCCGUCCUAAACAACAACAAUAAUAACAAUAGUAAUAAUAAAGAAACAUCGGCAUUUAGCUGGUCGAACGGAUAUCACAGUUUUUUAUCGGAAGACAAUGGCCAGACAGGUCCUACUGAUUUGUCAAUAUCAAAAAAACAAUCGGGAAAACACAAGUCAGUAGAUUCUCGGAAUCAUCAAAGUAGUAAAAAGUCUCGGUCUUCACCUAAUCACGAACAAUCACUUCAAACGCUUACGGACCGAAAUAUAUAUUCUUUAAAAACCGAACGCUCAUACGACAAUAAACGCCAGUCCAAUAGACCUGCGGUCGAUGUAUCCAAACUUCAGUUGCCUUGCCCUCACUGUCAUUUAACGUUUACUCUAUUUGAAGACUACCAACAGCACGUAAUCGGUCAUUUCUUAACGGCAGCUGCCGAAUACUCGUGUCAAGAAUGUUCCACAUCAUUCACCACGUCUGAGAAUAUCCAAAAACAUUUAAUAGAAACGCAUGCUCAAAAUUUUUAUAGAUGUAUGCUGUGCAAGGAAGUAUUCUCUACUAAAUCUGCAUUAAAGGUCCAUUUUAGUAUGAAUCAUGGGAGUGAACAUAGAAUGUUCCGUUGUAACAACUGUACAGGAGUAUCUAGGCCAUUGUUUCAGUCGGAAAUCGAAUUUAUCGACCAUUUAAGAAGUACACAUUAUACCGCCAAAUCUCCCCCAUCAGUCCAAAAUAAUAAUUUGAUGUUAAGGUGUCUAGUAUGUCAUGCUACAUUUAAUACGCAAUCGGACAUGGAACAACAUCUAGCAAGCCACUCUAAACAGUUUCAGUGUCAAUAUUGUGCGGAAUCAUUCCAUAUCGAGUUUUUAUUAGAUAGACACAUACAAACACAUCACAAUUCGCCUCAGAUACUUAGUCACCUUAACCUAAAUCACAGAGAAUCUCCAAAUUCUGCAUGCCCUUCUCCUACUUACUUGCCUAGACAAACUGAUGGUAAUAAACACUCUUUAGAUAAUGGAUCAAACACAUGUGAUAUUUGCGAAAAAAAUGAUUUUCGGAAUGAGCUAGACUUGAUUGCACAUAAAAGAAAUGUUCACCAAGUAAAACCUACAAAUUUGUCGACAAAAAUGAGCUUACACUGCGCUUACUGCAGUGAAAAUUGUAAAUCCAGAGCAGAAUUAGAAAAUCAUAUGAAAACUCAUUCGCAACAAGGUUCAAAUGCAGGAAAACACAAGUGUAAUAUUUGUGACGAAAUAUAUCAAUCUGCUAUCAGCUUAGCUGAACACAAGCUAACACAUUGCAAGGUGGUUACAAGUACUAUGUGUAGUCACUGUAAAAUGAUUAUAGACAGCGAAGAACAAUUUUAUCAACAUCUUCAAAAACAUUGUAAUCCUAUUAACAUAAAUGGAAGCCAUUUGACAUUCCCUACUUCUUGUAUAAUAUGUAGGCAAACCUUAGUAUCAGAGAUAGAAGUUAAAGUGCAUAUUAACUAUCAUCUAACUAGACUCAAAGAACCUCCUGUAAUCUGUAGUACUUGUAAUCGAUACAAGAAUUCUCCAUCAUCACAGUGUACCCAUUGUAAUUCAUUGAAAAAUUCUUCAGAGCGUUGUAUCGAUUGUGGAACUUCAUUUGAAACUUUUGGCUCAUUACAACAUCAUUUAACUUCGGUGCAUAGAAAACCGUUUCAUUGUUUUAAAUGCAAGAUUGGAUUUGAGUCUCAACAAGAAGCUACAAUUCAUCUUGGUACACAUCUAGCAACUUUAAAUGGUUCAGUUGAUGGAUUCGAAUGUGGUCUUUGUCCGUGUGUAUUAUCCAAUACCAAUAGUCUUCAGACACAUUUAAUUGAACACACGUUCGCCGGAUGUAAAGCCUUUACCUGCUACUUAUGUUCGGCUAUAUUCACUGUGCCAACGGGUCUUCAAGUUCAUAUGUCAGUCGACCAUUCAACCGAAACACCUCCAUAUGAUUGUCCAAGACCUAAUUGUCAAGCUAAGUUUUUCUUCACAGCCGAAUUAGAUCGUCACACUUUGGAACACCAAGGGCAAGAUGUAUUGGCAAACAUGAACUUUUACAAAUACCAAAAUAAAUUUAUGUCUAUUUGUGAAAAAAUGUUCAAGUGUACUGAGUGCUAUCAAAGUUUCAUGACUCAAAUCGACUUACAAUGUCAUAUGUACGAUCACCAUAAAAGAGAAUUACCCAUAGUAUCAGCUUCAGAACCAAUUAAUGGUGUUAAAAGAGAAAAUAUUAAAACUAAAAACAGUGAUGAAAUCGACAAAGGUGAGAAAGACACUGAGACAUCUAUAAAAUUAGAAAAUCAUGACGAAAUAAACGUAAAAACAGAAAAUGAAAAAAAUGACGAAGAUGAUGACGAAGAAGAGCUUAUUGAUGUUGAAAUCAAUAAUCGCGAAACAAAUGAAAUUGAUUCUAUUGACGAUGAAAAAGCCAAUUAGUUAUGGUGUAUAGCUACAUCUUCUCUUUUUCAUCUGUAUAUUAAUUGUAUAAUUAUAAUAGCAUUAUUUUAUAUUAUUAUGUAUAGUGAAAGACAAUAUUUUAUAACUUAUAAAUGAAAACAUUGUCUUGUUAGGUAUAAUACCUAACAAAUUAUUUAUUUAUUUUAUGCAUUUACAGUAAGUAUUUAUAAAAUUCUUUGUUAAUAUUUUACUACAAAGUAACACUUUAGUUAAACUUGUUAACGUUGAUAAGUUAUGGUAGUGUUAUAUUUAUUAUUAUUAUUAUGGCUUAUUAUUUAAUACAGUUUAUAGUUAUUUAUGUUUAUGUUACAUUAUUUAUAGCUAUUUGGUUAUUUUAUGUUAUUUACUUUUAUAAUGUAUAGUUAAAAAGUGUAAAGUAUCUUAUAAUUUCAAAGGUUAUGGCUAUCUUUUAAAGAGGUUAAUGAUGUAUUGUUUCAUUUGAUUUUAAUAAUAUUUGUGAUACUAUUUUAUCGAAAACAUGUUUUUGUUUAAUACUUGUCUAGGAAUAUUUAAAAAUUUAAAUAGCAUAAGAAAACAUUUUACUAAAACAAUU